UGGUUGUCUUCUUUUGGUUAUUUAUAAUUUUACGUACACUUCCACUAGUCAUGCUGCGUUCAAUUGUCAUUUUAAAGACACGAUAAGACUCAUCCUUUCAUGUAAAAUUGCUACAAUGAAGCGGAUCCAUACCGCUGCAAACAAAGGUUCCGCCUUUUGAGUUGUCGGACAUUACAACACGUCGGACCAGUUGAUCGCAGAGUGCCAGAAUGGUGGAUUUGUCCUCAGCUUUUGACCUAUAAAUUCAUUUUAAACUGAUAUCUGCAAAAGUGUGUUGGAAUGUCGGAGGACAAAGAGACGAACAACAAAAAGGGCUUCCGUCUGUUGGGAAUUCUGGAUGUGCAGAAUACGCCGUGUGCUCGAGAGGCGGUUCUUCACGGAGCUGGAGGUUCUGUUGUUACCGGGCUUGGACACUUUUUGGCAACCAGUCGUGUCAGGAGGUCGUUCGAUGUCGGCAUGGCGGGCUUCCUGUUGACCACCUUGGCUUCCUGGUGUUACUGUCGGAUGAACAACGCCAAGCUGCGAGUACAACAGAGGAUGAUCCAGGACGGACUGAAGAACAAGGUGGUCUACGAAGGAACAAGUCUGGACCCUGCUGUCAGACCCGGAACAGAUGCCUCGUGUGGCCCCUCGUGAUCUCAGAAGAGAUGGACUUGUUCAUGAACACUGAGCUGCUAAUCCUUGUUGCCAUGGCAACAUUUUGGACCCUGACUGAACGUGGAGCGUCUAAAGCUGAGCACUGAUUGGACUCUGGCAGGAAGUGAUAUUUAUGCCCAUAAGAAAGGAUAAUAAAUGUCUUUGUGGACGAA